AUGUAUACACGAUCAUUUCUUAGGGCUAGACCAGCACUAAAAUCCUUCCACAGAUCCAAGCAACUUUUGCGUACUUACGCAACCUCUAGCGGUGGUGGAAGAUCCAAGACAAACCAUUUCAUUCCGUUGACACUUCUCGGUUUGACUGCUCUUGGAUUGACGUUUUAUAAUGCAGGGAAUAACGUCAAACCACCCACUGCAGCCAUCGACCCAACCACUUCGACGGUACAGGGAAGUGCUCUUUUCCCAAGUGAAAAAUUUAAAGAUCCUAUCAACGUCGUGUUUGUUUUGGGUGGUCCAGGCUCUGGAAAGGGUACACAAUGCGGCAAACUCGUGAAAGACUACAAGUUUGUCCACUUGAGUGCCGGUGAUCUCUUAAGGUUGGAGAAAAACACCCCAGGCAGUGAAUUUGGUGAGCUCAUUGAUCACUAUAUCAAGGAAGGUCUGAUUGUUCCCCAAGAAAUCACAAUCAACUUAUUGAAAAAUGCAAUUGUCAAGGAGUACAACAACGGAUCUAGAAAUUUCCUCAUUGAUGGAUUCCCAAGGAAGAUGGAUCAGGCGAUCAGUUUUGAGAAUACUGUUUCGGAAGGUAAGUUGGUUCUAUACUUUGAAUGCCCUGAAGAAAUCAUGCUGAAACGAUUACUGAAUAGAGGUAAAACAUCUGGUAGAUCUGACGACAAUCUGGAAUCCAUAAAGAAGAGAUUUACAACUUUUAUUGAAACCAGCAUGCCUGUCGUUGAAUAUUUUGAGGAUCAAAAUAAAGUCAUUAAAGUCAACUGCAAUGAACCAGUCGAUGAGGUCUAUAGCCAUGUAGUCAAAGAACUUAAAGAUAAGAAAAUUAUUUGA